AUGCACAACAUAUUUGACAGAGCAUCCCCCUCGCAGACACCACUACCCACCGCCCAGCCACCACACAUCCCCUUCCUUGACCUCCCUCCAGAACCACCAUGUCUAUUGAUCGCUCGCACAACCAUCUUCCUGGAGCCAUCAUAUCAAAGCCUCCUGCUCCAAAUCCCCAGACCUCCUUCAUUGGAGGUUGGGGGUACCCUAUGUGGACAUCCUGGGAAUUUACAAGCUAGCUCUAGCAGCAGCUUAAUUUUGAAGAUUGCCCCAAUCCAACCUGUGAGAGCAUAG